UUCCGGCCCGCAGCUCGAACGGCGGCCGAGCGAACCAAAAAAAAAAAGAAAAGAAAAAAAAAAACAGCGCGCCGCACCAAUUACCCACACCCGUAUCGAUCGAAUCCGCGCGAGUUUAAUCCCGGAAAAAUCGCAGAAAAAUUCAGAGUGGAGUGUUGAUUCGUCCGAUACCCAUCCAUCAUCGUGUCCCUGUCUGUCCUGAGGUGUAGUUUGGUUUCCGCUUCUGUGUUGGGGCUUGAAACCCUAGGAAUGGCGGAGGUUGAGGUGGCGGCGGCGGCGGCGGCGGCGGAGGGGGUGCUGCACAGGAGGAUCGAGUUCCACCUCGCGAGGAGGUCGCACUCGGUGGUGGCGGUCGGGGGAGGCGGGUUCCGGAUGGAGACGCUGAACCCCGACGCGGGUGACAGAGCGGCGGCGGGGGCGGCGCAGGGGGUGGGGGUGGCGGCGGGGGGCGAGGGGGAGGCGAGGAGGGCGGAGAAGGGGGAGGUGGUCGGCGGUGGGCUGGAUCCGGAGCUCAGCGUCGCCAGGAUCUACCUCGGGAGAAUUGGUGCUGGCCUGCAAAAUCUUGGGAACACUUGCUACCUGAACUCGGUGCUGCAAUGCUUGACGUACACAGAACCAUUUGCGGCCUAUUUGCAGAGCGGGAAGCACAAGUCUUCAUGUCGUACUGCUGGAUUUUGUGCACUAUGUGCUCUUCAAAACCAUGUUAAGACUGCUCUACAGUCAACUGGAAAAAUAGUGACGCCAUCACAGAUUGUCAAGAACUUGCGCUGCAUCUCCCGUAGUUUCCGCAAUUCAAGGCAGGAGGAUGCACAUGAGUUAAUGGUUAAUUUACUUGAAUCCAUGCAUAAAUGUUGUCUACCUUCUGGAGUACCAAGUGAGUCUCCUAGUGCAUAUGAGAAGAGCUUAGUUCACAAAAUAUUUGGUGGCCGCCUAAGAAGUCAGGUGAAAUGCACACAGUGCUCACAUUGCUCCAACAAAUUUGAUCCUUUCUUGGAUCUCAGCCUUGAUAUUGGUAAGGCCACGUCUCUGGUGAGGGCACUUCAAAAUUUCACUGCGGAAGAGCUCUUAGAUGGGGGAGAAAAGCAAUAUCAGUGCCAACGCUGCAGGAAAAAGGUUGUAGCAAAGAAAAAGUUUACAAUUGAUAAGGCGCCAUAUGUUCUGACAAUUCAUCUGAAGCGCUUUAGCCCUUUCAACCCCCGUGAAAAGAUUGACAAAAAAGUUGAUUUUCAGCCAAUGCUAGACUUGAAGCCAUUUAUUAGCGACUCUAAAGGCGCAGAUUUUAAAUACAGCCUUUAUGGUGUUUUGGUUCAUGCUGGUUGGAACACUCAGUCAGGCCAUUAUUAUUGCUUCGUUCGAACUUCCAGUGGAAUGUGGCACAACCUUGAUGAUAACCAGGUACGCCAAGUCCGUGAGGCAGAUGUAUUGAGACAGAAAGCAUAUAUGUUAUUUUAUGUACGUGACAGAGUUGGGAAUCCGACUCCACGCAAGGAUAAUAUCACUGCUAAUAUGCCAGCCAGGAGAACAAUACCUGAAAAGAUCUCAGGUCUGAGUGAUAUGAUCCAGAGCGGCGUAAUUGAAGCAAAAUUGAACGGUUCCUCGUCUCCUUAUGGCGAUAAGAGGUUGCACGGCAUAAGCAAUGGGAACUCAAUCAAGACUUCAAGAGAGCAUUAUUUGAAGAAAGAUGGCAAAACUGAAGCUCCUAAAGCCUCUGAAAACAAUGGCCUGGCUUCCACACAGAAAGCUUCUGCACCUCAAAUUGAUGGUGCUACCUUAUCUGCUCAAUCUAAGCAAAUUACUUCAACUGGUCACAGAGAGGUAUCUUCAUCAGAUCGAUCUGCAUCUCUUACACAUGUGAUUGUGAACCAAGCAGUGGCCAUGGUUCCGUCGCAGGAAUUGCAACCAAAGGUUGAUGGCUUAACCGAUACCUCUUCCCUGGGCAAUGGCAAUGCGAUAUUGUCUGAGCGAAAUAAACAAACAUCCCAGCAUCAAAAUCCAUUUUCUAUGCCAGCUUCCCAUGGAAAGGACACAGGGGCAGGGCUUGCUGCACAAACUUUCCCAACUAAGGAUGCUAUUGUUUCAAAUGGUGUUGUACCUAGUAGCAGGGAUCCAAUUUCCAGUGAGAAGGUGUGUGGCUUGCAAAAAUCCAUCAAGCAAGAUGACAAAACGGUGAAAGAACUUCCUAUAAGUGAGAACAAUAUAGUAUCAGGACUUGAACGAGUCAACGCCAGAAAACAGACUAGCUCUGAAGUUUCCAUGAAGGUAGCUGCAGCUGAUUCGUGCAAUAGCAACACACCUAAAAGGGUGGAUUUGAAGUCAAAGAAACUUGUGAGAUAUCCAGUCAUGAACAUGUGGCUUGGGCCCAGACAAGUUAUGCUAGGUUCACUAAAGGUACAAAAGAAAAAGAAAUGCAAUAGAACUAGAAGACGGUCUGUAGUUUGUGAGGACAUGGCCAAUGCCACUUGUUCAGGUAACAACACAAGCGAGCAGCAGGCAUCAACAUCAACAACAACGUCGUCUGAAACUGUGCAAUGUACUCCCAGAGGGCGGAAACGUGCCUAUGAUAGUGACAGUCCUAAAAAUAAUAACCAGAAGCAAAACAAGCAAGACGUUAUUGGAGCCGAUACUGGUAGUGGUGAACUUAACAUGGAUAAGAGAAAUGUUAUUAGUGAAACCGCUGCUAGUGCUGAGCUUCCGAAGCUGGGUCCAGGCUCUUCUGCAAAUCAGGAACAUUCAAGGAACAAUGUUCAUGCAAAAUUGGGAGUUCCCCGGCAUUUUACUGUUCUGACAAGGGACUUGGCUGAAGUUACUGUUCCAUGCUGGGAUGAUGUUGCUGUGUCAAAUGCUGAGGCAAGAGAGUCAAAACAUUCAGAAAGCAAGAGCAUUGGAUAUGUGUUAGAUGAAUGGGACGAGGAGUAUGACCGUGGAAAGACCAAGAAAAUCAGAAAUUCAAAGGAAGACUACGGUGGACCAAACCCCUUCCAGGAGGAGGCCAACUACAUCUCACAGAGAAACAUGAAACAGAGGACCUAUCAACCCAAAUCCUGGAAGAAACAUGCCCAUGUUAGAAGAUGACAAUGACGAUUGACGAUGCCCAUGUUGUAGUAGCAGUGUAGCGCCCAUUUUUGAAGAAUUCAUUUGUUGUUCGUUUUGCCGUGUUACAUCUUAGCAUUCCGGACAAACAGCUGCUGGGACUGGACAUGCAUUCAACUGUUGUUUUCGCCAUGUCGUAUUUAAACAGCUGGAACCUCUGUAUUCAAUUGUAUUGGAUUGUUGUAGCGAGAACGAGUUGGUUAAUACUACUGUCGUUCCAAAUAAUCUUGUACUGUAAUUAUCCUGGUGAGAUGAGAUGAAAUUACUCUUGCAGUAGAA